GAGCGCGGGCCCCGACGCGCCACGAGCCAGCGCCAGCGCCGCGGCCGCGACCAGCCAGUGGCCCGGCCCAGCCCCAGCCGCAGUGGCCAGCCAGUGGCCUGCCCGUUGGCCUGCCAGUGAGACUGCAGCGAGAGGAGCGCGGCCCCGGACCGCCCCGCCCGCGCCUGCCCGCUGCGCGCGGUCAGCCUGGCAGUCGGCCCAACAAACAACACUCCCGAGGGAGGACGGCGAUGUAGAGCAGGCGGGUCCUGCCGGGGAGCGGCCGCCACCUCGUCGUGUCCAGCCCGCGCGCGCCGCCGCGGCCCCGCCGGCCCCGCCGCACCGAGUUGUGCCGAGUUGUCGCCAAUUAACAGCGUCUGACUGACCGCGAGGCCCCCGGCCGGGGCCCGGGCCGAGACCCACCCACAGGACAGUCGCGCAGGAGCGCCACCGCCUUGCGCCAGGAGCCCAGGAGCCCAGCCGCCCUGCCCUGCAAGGAAUGCGAAGGCCCAACAGACGCGGCGCGCGGCGAAGAAGUGCGGCUCGCAGCUGGACGUAGCUGGGCCCCGGGGCCCCGGCGCAGCGGGCAGCAUGUGCACCACGUACACCUGGCUGGCGUACCAGUGGCCGGACCGGGCGCAGCGCGCGCGACCGCAGCCCCCGCGGCUGCCCGCGGCCAUGCCCAUGCCGUGCAUCCGCGAGGAGGACGAGGUGGCCGACGACGAGGCGGCGCGGCGCCUGCCCCGGCGGCGACGCGCGCGCCACUGGGUGGGGCUGGCCAUCGUGGGCGUGCAGAUGGCGGCGUGGUGUCUGGUGGGCGCGCUGCUCAUGCACCGCGGCGUCACCAACCUCAAGCGCCGCGACGCCGCGCUGCUGCGGGCCUCCGUGGCCGCGCCCGUCACGCCCGUCAGCACCCCCUCGACGAGCCCGCCGUCGUGGACGCUGUUGGGGUCGGCGCCGGAUGACGUGGUCCUGGAGGAGGAGGCGGAGGUAACGACGGCCGAGUCGGCGGACGACGACUUUGAAGAAGACGAUGUCCUCGAGGACAGCUACCAUGACGUGUCGAGGAAGUCGUGGUCCUCGUACGUUCCCAUGCGGCCGGCCCCCGGCCUUGUCGCCCCCAGGGAGGACUUCCCCUCGCCAGCCGCCCCUGGCUCUGCCCCCGGCGCAGCGGGCGCCAUCCCCAGGGUGGCAGGCACGGGCGCCGCCACCGCUGUCGUCAUGGUGACCGUGGGCGGGGUUAUGCUCGUGGUGGGCCCCGCCUUCAUGGCGAUCAAGAUCAUGGACGUGUACCAGCGGCAGAAGCGUCUCAGCAAGCUGUCGCAGCAGGACGACCCCCCGCCCAGCUACGACGAGGUGGCCGAGAAAGCCCCGCGCUACUCCGCGCUGUUCCAAGUCAUGGAGAACGGCGAGCUCAACCCGCUGCCCCUGGCGUGGGUCGACCCCGAGGUGGCACCCGCUGCCGACCCCACCCCGGCGGCCGCUGCGGAGAGCGCCGCCCAGGACGCCGACGAGGAGGACCAGGAUCCGGAACCGGACGCGUCGACGCCCCUGCGACAUGAGGAGGGGACGGUGACGAGCGGCAGCGACGACAAGUCUCGCCGAAAGUCGGUGUGACGGUGGCGCCCGUAUUCGUGAUAGCAGAGCUCUCUUCUCGUGGCCCGAGCGCUUCGCCGUACAGUGCGAAGGCGUCGGGCGAGGUUGUGUUUAUUUAUUUUGUAACAUAAUUCCAAAUAAAAACUGCCGUGUAUUUGUGUAGCGCGGGGACGAUUCUUUGCUUCACUCUACACUCGUGUGUGUGUGUGCGCGCGCGCUUGUGUGCGUGUACGUGUGCGUGUGUGUUUGUGUGCUGAUACUGCGGGGGGUAUCCGACGUCGCAUGACAUUGAAAUUGAGGCAGAUCCUCAAAGAUAACCCGCGGGACCAUGGAGCGCCGGAGGCCGGAGCCGGACAUAGCGCCUGGGUGGUAGGCAAUCCGCCUGCAGUGAUGCACGCUGGGCGGGGAUGUUGCCUACCUCCGCGGCGCUCCCCCUGGGACGCAGCUUUUAGACGUAGCCCCCCUCUACUUGCGCUCGUCCUUGCCGGCGGCGCCCAGGCUGACCCUGGCGGCGUCCUGCACGCGGCGCACGCCUGCUACCGCCGCACGUCCGUGUAUUGUGUCGGGUGAUUAGAGGAGCGCGGGGCCCUACAGCGUUUCACAACCGCACGCCUAAUCUGUACAUGAGUCACGUCGAGCAGGCCCUUACCUGCGACGUCAUCGUUCACGGCGCGUCGAGCGAUUACGAUGUGGGUUCAAUUAUCAGGGUUUGGUAGAGACUGAUGCCGACAGACGCAACCCCGAGACUUAGGUCCAUUAGGUAUCAAGUAUUCUACUUUGACACAUCGGUUGCGGCAUAAGACUUGGACCACUAUCAAUUUCCUAUUCAAAUUUCCAUUGGCGCGAAAAAACACGUCUUACAGAAAACCACAUAAAAACAUGAAAAUUAGAGCUUCCAUUGCUUCUUGCUUGUUACAUUUGGAAAGAUGACACUCAAAAUAAACCAAAGGUGAGGUGGACUGACCCGGCUGGCCGGGACUCCUCCACGCUCAGGCUGUAGUCGGACCCAGCCCGGCCUUAGCCCGACCCGGCGGCUGGCUGUCGAGCCGACAACAGGACGCGACGCGGACUGGAAGCCUUCCGUUUGCUUGUUGCCCCGGGCCGGGUUGCCGGGCGCCUGCUUCGCCUGCUCAGCGUGCUCGGCGUGCCUCACCUCACCUCACGGUGAGCCCCACCGUAUCACGCUGUGCAAACAAACUGGCCGGGGUCGACACGUAAAAGCGGCGCCUCCACGGCUCGGGGGAGUCUUAAUUAGGCAGCACUAGGACAGCCCGCACCGGGCCCUCCCCGCAGCGCCACCGGGGCACCCUCAGGCCACCACCGGGCCACCACUGGGCCACCACCGGGCCACCACCGGGUCACCACCCUACCUCCACUGGGCCUCCACCGGGCCUCCACCAGGCCUCCACCGGGCCACCACCGGGCCGCCACCAGGCGACCACCGGGCCACCGUCAGGCCACCGUCAGGCCACCGUCACCGUCAGGCCCCACCGGACCAACACCCCUCCCCUUACCAGGCCGGCGCCUGGUCAGCACUACCAACCACAAUGGGCAAGGGCGGCAACGGCGUCGUAUUGGACGUGGACUUCAGGAACGGGAAAGGAACAGAAG